AUGGAGCCACUCCCAACAGCAUUUGUUCCGAAGCCCAUUCGUAUUGUCGUCAUAGGUGCUGGCUGUGCAUGCGACAUCCCAUCUUAUGCUUACCAGUACAGCUGGAACUCUAAUCCUCGCUGGAGCUGUUUGUAUGCAGAGUCGGCUGAAAUCUUAGACUAUCUAAAAUCAACGGUGACUAAAUUCAAUCUCCGACGAUAUAUUCAGUUCGGUACAACCUGCGCCGGGGCAGACUGGGAUGAGAAGAACUCCGAAUGGAAUGUCACGUUGCAAAGGAUUGGGACGCCUAAUGAUGAAAUCUCUGUCAAAUGCGAUGUUUUUAUCAUUGCUAUAGGAAGGCUGAACAACUGGAAGCUGCCAGAAAUAGAAGGCCUUGACACGUUCCAGGGGCGUGUAAUACGCACGGCCAACUGGCCCCAGGGCUUAGACUAUCACGGCAAAGAUAUAGCUGUGAUAGGAAAUGGAGCCAGCUCAACCCAGUGUUUAGCUAGCUUACACAAAGCUCCAGACGCGAGAUCCAUCGGUAAUUUUGUUCGUGGACCAACAUGGCUGGUUCCGCAUGUAUUCUCUCGCAAUGGAGAAGCGCAGAAAUUCGAAACCGAGCCCGAUUCGUACCUCCAAUUCCGCCUACAGAUCGAGAAAAAGCUAGCCUACAGCUUUAGAGGUCUCUGGGCCAACUCAAACACUGCUGAAGAAUUCACUCAGAAUGCAAAGCAGCACAUGAUCAACAAGAUUGACGACCCACAGGCCCUGAAGGCCCUCCUUCCUACUGAGUAUAAAGCUGGUUGUCGUCGCUUCACGCCUGCCGACAAAUAUAUGGAGGCUCUAAAUAAGUCAAAUGUAGAGCUCAUUUCUACCCCGACCAAGCAGGUGGAAGGAAAUGCUAUCAUCACGACUGACGGCGAACGGCGAACGUAUGACAUGAUUGUCUGUGGUACAGGCUUCGACCCAUACGCGCCGAGGUUUCCGAUCAAAGGGCGCGGAACAGCUAACUUGUCAGAUCUAUGGUCAAUGGAUGGGGGCUAUGAGAGUUACUUGGCAGCAACAGUCGCUGGUUUCCCCAACUUUUUCGUUUUUAAUCCGCCUAUAUGUCCGGUAAACGGCUCGGCGUACCCUGGAAUUGAGCGUACGAGUGACUACAUUAUCAGAGUCAUCGACAGGCUACAGAAGGAUCGCCUAAGAUCAGUCUGUAUCAAGCAAUCAGCCCAAGACGCCUUCAAUCGCUGGGUUCAAUCACGCAUGCCAGAGAUGGUCUGGGCGGAGCCAUGCUCAUCAUGGUAUAAAUCUAACAAAAAGGUUAUUGUUCCAUGGCCAGGGACAAUACUUCACUACUAUGCCGCAACUGAAAUAGUGCGAUGGGAGGACUAUGAUCUUAAGUUUGAUGAGGAUGAGCAAAAGUUUGCAAGUUUUGGAAAUGGUAUUACAGUAGAAGGAUUUACUCCUGAUAGUAUACCUUGGCUGCGUUAUAUUUAA